UCAAAUGCCAUCUGUGCCCGUAAUUAUCAACUUUAUUGAAGCUCUGCCGAACAUGCUGCACAUCAUUGCUGAUGGAGGUUAUAAUAAAAAAUAAUCCAGCAUGUCAGCAGUCCAAAAAAUAUCGAAAUCAAUAAUAAAAUACACGAGGAAUGCGGAAGAGAUUUAUCGAAGUUUGAAUGGGGUGUUUGCUAUUUACAAACCAGCGAGUAAUAGUCUCUCACAAGUGAGAAUGACAUUGUUGACUCACAUUUGUAGAGACUUGAAUGGCUUGGAUGUUCGACCCCCUGAGAACUACGUCCAUAUCGAGGGUGACACCACCAAAAAAAUGACUGUCAGUGUGGAACCAAGUUAUGCUGACCAUCCUUUGAUCGUUGGACCCAGGUAUCAGCCUACAGACUUCAAGAUGUCUUGGGCGCACCAAAUAUCAACUGAUAUGUCAGGAAUAAUGUUGGUAGGAAUUAAUAAGGGUACCAGAAUGGUAUCCAAAAUCAAACAAUCCAAUCCCAUGAGGUUUUUCAAAGUCAAGGGAAUACUAGGACAGGCUACCGACAAUUAUUUUAUUACCGGAAGAAUACGUGAAAAGUCGACGUGGAAACAUAUCAAGCGAAUCAACAUUGAUAGAGUAUGUUCGUCGAUACAAUUCUCACAUCAACGGAGAAUGUUUGAAGUGAGUGGAGUGGAUAUUCAAUCACAAGCUGCCUAUGAACUUGCAAUUCAAGGGCCAAUCAGACCUGCAGAGAACAAGCUCACCAUGUUAUAUGCAAUGAAAUGUGUCGAUUUCAAUCCCCCCGAAUUUACUUUAGAAAUUAUUUGUAUCAACGAAAAUGACUCAUUCAUAAAAAAUCUUGUCCACAAUAUGGGUAUCUAUUUACGAUCAACAUCCACCUGCACACAAAUCCAGUGUUUUCAGUAUGGAGUAUUUGGGAUCAAUAAUGGUUUAUUAAAAAAAGACUGGGACUUGGAGAAUAUUACGAAGAAUAUGCACGAGUGCAGGCGUAUACUGGGAAAACAUAAAUAUCUAUUCAAACAAGAGGAUCCAAUACUAAGAGAAUAUCUAUCUGAAGAAUCAAACCCUCCAGAUAGUAAUUACUCCAACUAUGAAGAAGGAGCAUUGAAUUCCGAAUAGGAAAGGAAAAAUUAUAAUUGUAUAAAGUGAUAAAUUGAAAUAUAGCCUCUCAUAAAGCCUUUAUUAAACUCACAA